AUGGGUACGAAACGCGAGCGCGAUCAUCAAGGCGCAACAGGAAAAUCGAAGAAGAGGCAGAAGGUGGAGAAGCCUGCGAAUGGCGCGGAUGCAGACACCGACCGGCUCCUCGGAGUAGACGAGCUCGACUGGAAGGAGGUCCAGCUUCCAGAUCGACUGGAUGAUGCGGGAGGCUUCUUUGGGCUGGAAGAGAUUGAGGGGGUGGACAUUGUGCGGCCACAGGGCGGUGGUGAGGUCAAAUUCAAGUCUAUUCUGAAGAAGCCUGCUGUUGAAAAAGAGGAAACAAGUUAUGACGACGAGGAAUGGACUGGAUUUAGCGACGAGGAGCCUGCAACGGAAAGCCAGCCCACUGAGACAUCGCAGAAGGAUCAAAAGGAUGUCGCAAAGGAGAGCAAGGACAAAAAGAGUGAAAAGCCGCUGAAAAAGAAAAAUGCCGCUGAAAAGCCCCAAAAUCAAGGUAUCCAAUCUGGUUUGUCGUUUGAAGCUCUUCAGUAUGAGGAGGAAGAUGGGGUAGACGUCUCCGCAUGGGAUUCUUUGGGACUCUCGCCGUCUAUUCAGACGGGUCUUUCAAAGCUGAAGUUCAGCAGCCCUACACCUGUUCAGAAAGCCUGCAUACCAGAGAUCUUAGCGGGCCACGACGUCAUCGGGAAAGCCGCGACAGGAUCAGGCAAAACGCUUGCCUUUGGCAUACCCAUCUUGGAGCAGUACUUGGAUCGCAGCAGGGAAAAGCACGCCGAUAUGGACAAGAAGGAGUCAGAACCUAUUGCUCUGAUCCUGUCCCCUACGCGAGAGCUGGCGCACCAAUUGGCGAAACAUAUCGGUGCUCUCAACACCCACACUCCAGAUGCAAACGCCAAGAUCGCCCUGCUGACCGGCGGGUUGUCGAUACAGAAGCAGCAGAGGCUGCUUGCUGAUGCAGAUAUUGUGAUUGGCACGCCGGGCAGAGUUUGGGAGAUCCUCAGUACAGGACAUGGCUUGAUUCGGAAAAUGAAGCAGAUCAGGUUCCUCGUCGUCGAUGAGGCCGACAGGCUUCUCAGUGAAGGUCACUUCAAGGAGGUGGAGGAAAUCCUGAAUGCGCUUGAUCGGACAGAGGACAAUGGUUUUCCGGACGAAUCGCAAUCGGAGGAUGACGACAAUAGUCAGAACCAAAGACAAACCCUCGUUUUCUCUGCGACAUUCCACAGGGGAUUGCAGCAGAAAUUAGCUGGAAAAGGACGAUUUGUGAACAACGACCUGAUGAACAAGAAGGAAUCAAUGGAAUAUCUGUUAGAGAAACUCAAUUUCCGUGAAGAGCGGCCCAAGUUCAUUGAUAUCAACCCCGUCUCCCAGAUGGCAGAAGGAUUGAAGGAAGGGAUCGUCCAAUGCGCAGCUAUGGAGAAGGAUCUCUACCUAUACACACUUCUGCUUUACCAUCCAGGCCACCGGACUCUGGUCUUCACCAAUUCGAUAUCCGCCGUCCGUCGCCUCGUCCAGUUCCUUCAAACUCUGAGAAUUCCCGCAAUCGCUCUGCACUCGAAUAUGGAGCAGAAAGCCCGACUUCGCUCUGUGGAAAAAUUCUCUUCUCCAUCGUCAGAUCCUAGCUCCGUUCUGGUGGCGACUGAUGUUGCAGCCCGUGGUCUGGACAUCAAAGGAAUCGACUUUGUCAUCCACUAUCACGUCCCACGCACCGCGGACAUGUACGUCCACCGCUCCGGCCGCACUGCCCGUGCGGGGGCGCAGGGAAAGAGUAUACUUAUCUGCGCCCCCGAAGAAGUCGUUGGCGUUGCCCGGCUCGUUGCUAAAGUGCACGCCGAAGCAAACACCAACAAAGCAACCAAACGGAACCCACUCGAGUCCGUUGAGCUAGACAGCCGCAUCGUCUCCCGUGUCCGCCCUCGGGUAAAUCUCGCAAAGCGAAUCACAGAAUCCACAAUGGCCAAGGAGAAGCUGUCCGCGGAGGAAAACUGGCUCCGGAACGCGGCCGAAGAACUAGGCGUGGAGUACGACAGCGAGGAAUUCGAACAACAAGCCCGUCAGGCCAAAGGCAAGGGCCGCGGUCUCGGUCGUCACCAGCGGGAGAAGCAGGCAAGCAGCGUGACAAAGGAGCAGUUAGCCGCCAUGAGGGCCGAGCUGAAGCAGAUGCUGUCGAAGCGGAUCAAUGUCGGCGUCAGUGAGCGGUACAUCACCGCAGGACGGGUCGAUAUCGAAGCACUAUUGCGGGGAGAAGGGAACAACAAGACGUUUAUCGGGCAGGUGGACGAGUUGGACUUCUAA